GUGGGCGCGGUCACGAACUGUCAUGUACAGCGCGAGAUUUUUUUGUUUUCCGCGAGCUGCUUGAAAAUCCAUGUGUUGCGCUCUCAGUGAGUCAGAUGACCGCCGCUUCUCCAACAUGCACGAGACACGAUUCCUAUCCAGGAGAACGACGAGAAGAACCCACUGACGUUAAAAACACUCUUUAAUAUGAGGAUGUCCGUUUCGGCAAACCACAAACUUUGGGAUUAUUGCAGGAGACUGACGCCGUCGGCACCGGAGAUGUUUGACGAUGUUUGUCAUUGAUGCGCGCAGAUAUGGAUUCUCUGUACAUCGCUACUGAGCUGGCGAUCGCGCUCGUGUCUAUCGUGGGCAACGUGCUCGUGUGCUGGGCUGUGGCCAUCAAUUCCAAUCUGAAAAACGCCACCAAUUAUUUUCUGGUGUCUCUGGCCGUGGCCGAUAUCCUGGUGGGCUGCCUCGCCAUCCCGUUCGCCAUCACCAUAAGCAUCGGGCUGCGCUCGGACUUUUACGGAUGUCUCUUUCUGGCGUGUUUCGUUCUGGUUCUGACACAAAGUUCAAUAUUUAGUCUCCUGGCGGUGGCCGUGGACAGAUACCUGGCCGUGAAAAUCCCCCUGAGGUAUAAGGAGCUCGUCACAGGAAAGCGAGCGCGCGAAAUCAUCACCAUUUUAUGGAUCUUAUCCUUUAUCAUUGGACUCAUCCCGUUCGUGGGUUGGAACCGGAGAGGCAAGUCCUGCCCCGGGAACGCGAGCGGCUCGACACCGGCCGGCAACGUCAGCGACGCCGCCGCAACCGAAGUGGGCUUCCUGCAGAGCUGCUGCCUGGAGUGUCUGUUUGAAAACGUGGUGGACAUGAGCUACAUGGUUUACUUCAACUUCUUCGGCUGCGUGCUGCCGCCGCUGCUCAUCAUGCUUGGCAUCUACGUCAAGAUCUUCACGGUGGCACGCAGGCAGAUGCGUCAGAUCGAGCUGAAGUGCAGCGCCAGCAACGGCGACAGUCAUCACCGCAGCCUGCUGCAGCGCGAGAUCCGCGCCGCCAAAUCCCUCUCCAUCAUCGUGGGCUUGUUCGCGCUCUGCUGGCUGCCCGUUCACAUCCUCAACUGCCUCACGCUCUUCUACAAACAGCUGCAGAAACCCAGCUUCGUCAUGAACACCGCCAUCCUCCUCUCGCACACCAACUCCGCCGUCAACCCCAUUAUUUACGCCUACCGCAUCCGGGAGUUCCGAGUGACCUUUAGGAAGAUCCUCAAGCGUCAUUUCUUGUGUCGACGGGACGAGUUGUAUCUCAGCGCCAAAGGCAGCAGCAGACACAGAGACCAGAUCACAAUGACCAUGGAUCCUCUUCUAUAGAUGCGGAUGAUGGAGGAGAAAUGUUUACAGACCAAAGAACUUCACUGAACGAUAAACUGUGAAAGAAAACCUCUUUGGGAAUAUUUAUGGACUUAUUAGACACGACCAAGCACUAAACCUGAAGACGUUCCGCGCAUUAGCGCAGGAAUAAAAGGUGAAAGUGAUGACGGAGAACUCUUGUACGAGUUUAAUGGAUAAACCUAUAGAACAAUAACACAACAGGCUCUGGAGAUGGAAGAACCCAGAAAUCGAAUCAGAGGUGAAUGAGCCACAUUAGAAAACCAAUUUGAACACGAGCGCUGUUAUAACAAGCGUCAUGCUUGAAUUCAUUAGGACCUUCGAUGUUUUUGUUAUGACUGAAAUGGUUGACGGUAGACUGCUCAGGAAAACACACGAGGUAAAACCUUUUUCAGAACCUGUAAAAGAUAGAUCACGCCGUACAAAGCCGUUGAGGAAAAGGACUUUUAGUCUUUGUCUUUUUAAAGACAUGCUAUGUUGUUGUCACAAUUAAAGAGAAAGUUCACCCAAAAAUGAACUUUCUGUCAUCAUUUAUUCACCCUUCGUGUCAUCUUUCUUCUGCAGAACACAAAAGAAGAUAUUUGGAAGAAUGUCGGUCACCAAACAACAUUGAACCCCAAUGAGCUCCAGUAUGUGGACACAAAACCACUGAAACAUUUCUCAAGAUAUCUACGUACACAGGUUUUGAGGGUGACAACAUUUUAGGGUGAACUAUCCCUUUUAUUAAGUGACAUAUGGUGACCCCCAAUUCAGUUGCACUUAAAUCGCUGCAUUCGAAAUAAUAUCACAUCUUUGUGUCAUUUGUGUCACGUACGGUGUAAACUGGUCUUCUGCUUGUAAUCUGCUGUGAUUGGCUCUUGACGUGUAAAACCCAUCAGCCAAUAAGCUUGCGUGCUCCGUACGUCUUUAAUGUUCAAGUGAUCUUGUUCAGUUGUGUGACGUGUGACCAUCACGACGAUGUUACAUCUAUACGGUUUUGCAAAGCAGCAUGAAUCACAUGUGUUACAGCAGCGUACGCCGUUCUGAACACACGGACGUGUCACAUCCAUUGUUCACAAAAACAUUCCUGUAGAAUUGUUUUGCUUGAAAGUACACUUCUGCUUUCUCUCAUUGAAAUAAAUGACAUUAGGUUUCAUCUUUUAUGCAACAUUGGUAAGUCUGGCUUCAACGUCCAGAAGCUUUGGGGGUCACUUUAUGUAAAAGAGUCUCAUUGCCUCUGUCCCUCAUCAUGAAAUUGCCCUUUUAAGCAUUUGACCGUCAUACACUUUUAUCCUAACAAACAUUCCCGCUGUCCCCAGAUGUGAUGCUACAACACUUGGAGCUGAUAUCUGUCUGCACAGCCCUCAGGACUGCGUUUGUCAUUGAAUGUCUGACUGCGACAAAACCAUCCAGACCACAACCACAGCAUCUCCCCCAGAACAGAGAGAGAGAGAGAGAGAGAGAGAGAGACUGACAGCAUCACCACUGGACCUAGAUAGAACGUAACUCUUUAAUGACAAUACAGUGACUUCAUUCUGUGACACUUACAUUUCUAUUUAAGACCAAAACUGUUUAGUUUCUGUAGAACAAAUUGAAACCGUUUUGUUAUAAACAUGAGUUACAGCGGUUUAUGGUUUCGUAUAAUGUGAAAUAUUCCUUAAAAAAUGUUGAUAGACUGUUAAGAAGAAAUGUAAUAAAGUUGAUCUAAACUAA